AUGACUCCAGAUGGGGGCGGUGCCGCCAAGAAGUGGAGGUGCACGACUUGUCUGCUCGAGUGGGACGCGAGCCUCAUCAAGUGCAAGGCCUGCGAGAGCUUCCAACCUGGCUUGUCCGAGGGCGACAUCGAGAAGUUGAAGGCCGCCGAGGAGAAGCAGAAGAGCGAGACGAUCGCCAAGUUCCUGGGCACGUCUGCGCCCAAGCCGGCGGGCCCCAGCUCUCGCUUCGGGGCGUCGCCCUCCACUGGCGGCUUCACCUUCGGCGCCUCCCCGGGGCCCUCGGGCGACGCCUCGUCUGGCGUCGCGUUCGGCUUCGGCGCGGCGGCGGCAGCGGCGCCAGCCAGCGGCGGCGGCGUCGUCUUCGGCUUCGGCGCCGCGGGCAGCUGCGCCGGCGAUGGCACCGCCCCUGCGCCCUCGAGCGGCGGGGUCGUCUUCGGAUUCGGCGCCCCUGGGGGCGGCGGCGCAAGCGCCAGCGGGGGCGCCGCUUCGGCGCCACCCGGUGGCGGCCUCUUCUCCUUCGGCACAGCAGCGCCCCUGGCCGCGGCGCCGCUGGGUGGCGGCAGCGUCGGCUUCGGCGCCGCCGGCGUCGGCCAGGCUGCGGGCGCGGGCGCGCCGGCGGGGGGCGGCUUCCGGCCCACGCUGGCCCUGGCGCCGAAAGUGAAGCAGCUGGAGCGCCUGCCGGACUGGGGGCGCGCCGGCGAGCUGCCAGGCGGGGAUGUGCUCGUCCAUGGCAGCGGGGAGUGCGACCAGCUCGGCCUGGGCGACGCGCAGCGGGAGAGGCAGAAGCCCACGGUCGUGAGGGGGCUGCCCCAGGCUCGCAUCGUGGACUUGGCUGUGGGCGCGCUGCACGUCGUGUGCCUCGCCGCGGACGGCCGCCUCUGGUCGUGGGGCUGCAACGACGACGGGGCGUUGGGUCGAGUGUCGAGCGACACCUCGGACUGCGAGCCGCACCCGGUGGAGAUGCCCUCUGGCGUCGUCGUGCGGAGGAUGUCCUGCGGGGACAACCACACCUGUGCCCUGGACACCCUGGGGCGGGUCUGGCUGUGGGGAACCUACAAGGACUCCAACGGCCACAUCGGCAUAGCCCGCAAGAGGAAGCAGGGCGGCGUGCUCGAGAAGAGCUCAGAGCCGGCGGUGGUGCUGGAGGGCUGCGACCAGGUGGCCAGUGGCGCCAACCACACCGUGGCCAGGCAGAUCCGGCCCACUCGCAAGGUCUUCGCCUGGGGGUCCAACGGCUGCGGCCAGCUCGGCCUCCUCGGCGGCGCGGGCUGCGGCCUGGCGGAGCACACGCUGCCGAUCGAGGCGGGCAAGGCGCCGGGCCAGCUGAAGCCGCGCGUCGGGGGUGGCACGGAGGUGGACGGGCAGCGCCUGUCCCGCGUCAUCGAGGCCUCUGGCUCCGAGCGGGGCGCCGAGGGCAUGAGGCCGGCGGAGGUCCAGCAGGCCGCCGCGGGCGGCGCGCGAGCGCUGGUGGUGGAGCUGCCAGACCGAGAGGUCCCCAAGCCGGAGAAGCAGAACGUCCUGGUGCCGCAGGAGAUGUCGCUCGAUGCUCUCAGCUCCGGCGUGUCGGGCGUGUUCGCGAGCUCGGAGUGCACCUUCCUCACCACGGAAGGCUCCAGUGUGCACGGCUGCGGCCUGAACGGCGACGGGCAGGUCGGGCUGGGCUUCAUGAGCAUGGCGGUGCUGACGGUGCGGGAGAUGCCGGGCGUGGCGGGCGCGUCGUGGGUCGGCGGCGGCCUGCAUUUCACCGCCGCCCUGGUGGGCGGCAAGGUGCUCACGUGGGGCAAGGCCGAAGAGACGGGCCAUGGCCUCGGUGCUUCUGCGCCCCCAGUGCUCCAGCCGCGCGCGCUGGCGGGCCUGCCGGAGAUCCGCACCCUGCGGUGCGGAGGCAGCCACUCCCUCGCCUGCUCGGCGGGCGGCGACGCCUUCGCCUGGGGCUGCGGCCUGACGCACCAGCUGGCGAACCGGCCCAGGGACUUCUCGGACCCGGCGGACGCGGACGAGGACCCAGAGGACGAGCUGCGGCCCUACCGCAUCUCGUCCAAGCAGCUGGAGGCGAAGUUCGUGCUGCUGGCCGACGGCGGGGCGCAGCACAGCGUGGAGCUCGCGUGGGGCGGCGAGUACUGCAAGGUCGGCGCAGACACCGAGGCCGCGCCGGCCGGGGAGCCCGAGGCCGCCCGCGCGGCGGCGGCGGACGAGCAGCCAGCCGCGAAGAGGCCGAAGACUGAGGAGGACGCCGCGCAGCAGGCGCACACCGCCGCGGAGCUGGAGCCGCCCGAGCCGAAGCCCGAAUCCGCCGACACCGGCGGAGCUGCCCGAGCCGAAACCACACCGUUCUUCGGUGCUGCCAGCACAGGGGGCAGCCUCUUCGGUGCGGGGACAGGCGGCAUCAUGUUCGGCGCUGCCAGCACAGGGGGCAGCCUCUUCGGCGCGGGCACAGGCGGCGGCACGUUCGGCGCUGCCAGCACAGGGGGCAGCCUGUUCGGCGCGGGCACAGGCGGCGGUACGUUCGGCGCCAGCAGCACAGGGGGCAGCCUCUUCGGCGCGGGCACAGGCGGCGGCACGUUCGGCGCUGCCAGCACAGGGGGCAGCUUCCUCGGCGCGGGCACAGGCGGCGGCAUGUUCGGCGCCAACAGCACAGGGGGCAGCCUCUUCGGCGCGGGCACAGGCGGCGGCAUGUUCGGCGCCAACAGCACAGGGGGCAGCCUCUUCGGCGCGGGCACAGGCGGCGGCAUGUUCGGCGCCAGCAGCACAGGGGGCAGCCUCUUCGGCGCGGGCGCAGGCGGCGGCAUGUUCGGCGAUGGCAACACACGGGGCGGCCUCUUCGGUGCAGGCACAGGCGGUGGAGUGUUCGGCGCUGCCAGCUCAGAGGGCGGCGUCGCCGUUGAGCUGGCGCCGGCCGCGCUGGCAUCGGUGCUGGACCCCGCGGAGCCAGCGCCGGCUGCGAAGAAGGCGGCGUCGGCCACAUUUGCGGCCGAGCAGGAGCCAGCAGCGCCCGCGCUGUCGCCGUGUUUCGCUGGCCUCGCGGCUGCUGCAGACGAGGGCAAGUGGAAGUGCGACGUCUGCUCCCUGAAGUGGGACGCCGAUCUGAUCAAGUGCAAGGCCUGCGAGGCAUUCAAGCCGGGCAUGUCCGAGGAGGACAUUGCCGCCUCGAAGGCGGCAGAGGAGAAGAAGAAGCAGGACCUCGUCGCCAUGUUCCGAUCGCCCUCGGCGACCGGCAGCGCCUUCUCGGGCUUCGGCUCGGUUGGCGCGGGGGCGUCAGGCUCCAGUGGCAGCAGCGGCGUCGCCUUCGGCGCGAUCUCGGCUUCACAUAGCUCCAGCGGCUUUGCCUUCGGGGCGGCCCUGGGCGCCCAGAGCUCUGGCGGCGGCUUGGUCUUCGGCGCGUCCCCGGCCGCCGGAAGCUCCGGCAGCUCCGCCUUCGGGGCGGCUCAGGGCGCCCAGAGCUCUGGCGGUGGCUUCACCUUCGGGGCCUCCCCGGGCGCGCAGAGCUCCAGCGGCGGCUUCACCUUCGGUGCGGCGGCCUCGGACGCCGCCAGCUCGGGCGGGGGCUCCGCCCUCGGCUCGGGGGGCGGCUUCGCCUUCGGGGCGCCCGCGGGCUCGCAGAGCGCCAGCGGCAUCACGUUCGGCUUCGCAGGCCAUCAGCCCGCGGGCUUCAAUCCGGCGCUGCCAGCGGCGGGCCGCAAGCGGCUGGCCCAGGCGCCCGACCUCGCGCGCCAGGGCGAGGCGCCCGUGGGCCUGGUCUUCGUGCACGGCAGCGGCGAAUGCGACCAGCUCGGGCUGGGCGACUCGCAGCGGACCCGGCAGAAGCCGACGCUGGUCAAGGGCUUGGGCGAGGUGCGUGUCUGCGACGUGGCGGUGGGGGCCCUGCACGUGCUCUGCGUCUCGGCGGACGGGCGCCUGUUCUCCUGGGGCUGCAACGACGACGGGGCGCUGGGGCGGGCCUCCAGCGGCGACUCCGACUGCCUGCCGGGCCGCGUGACCCUGCCGGGCGACGCGCCCGUGCAGCGGGUGUCCUGCGGGGACAGCCACAGCGCAGCGGUCGACAGGGACGGCAGCGUCUGGCUGUGGGGAACGUACAAGGACGCCAAUGGGCACAUCGGCAUCGCCCGAGGGAAGCAGGACCCGGUCGUGGAGAAGAGCGCCGAGCCUGCCAGCUCGGAGGGCUGCUCCCGGAUCGCGAGCGGCGCCAACCACACCGUGGCGCUGGGCCCGGGCGGCAGGGCGUUCGCGUGGGGCUCGAACGGGACGGGCCAGCUGGGCCUCGAGGGCGGCGAGGGCUGCGGCCUCCGCGAGGAGGUGGUCGGCCUCGCCGGCGGCCGAGCGGAGGUGCGGCAGCGGGACGGCGGCGGGACGGAGCUGAACGGGCUGCGGGUGGUGCGCGUCCGCGAGCAGUCGGGGGCCGAGGCGGACGCCUCCGCCAUGUCCGUGGCCGCCGUGCAGGCCGCAGUGGCCGCGGGGGCGGCGGCGCUCGUGCUCGAGGCCCCCGAGCGCUCCGUUCCGAAGGCCGAGAAGCAGCGGCUGCUGCUGCCUCGGGAGAUCUCUCGUGGCGAAAUGGAUGCCGCAGCUGUGACCGAUGUCUUCGCGAGUGCCGAGGAGCGCGGGACACUUGAGUAAAGCCUGUGCCAGCCCCACGGUCAGGCAGGUCUGUGUCUGUGACCUGUAUUUUAGUGUCGGGGAGAAGCUUCCUUUUGCUUGGGGCACUACAUACUCCCUGGUGUCUUGACACCAGGGCAACUCGACUCGAUUGGCGUUGAAGCCUUUCCGCUGUUGAACCUUGGGUGCUUGCAGAACCGACACACC